AUGCUGAUGGACGUGUUGGCGCGCUCGACCAGCCGCAACAAAGAGAGGAAGAAGAAAAAAGCAAGAAAAAAAGAAAGAAAGGAAAAGACAGAGAAAAAAGACAGUAAAAGGAAGGAAAGAAAAGAAAAAGAGAAAAAAAAGAAAAGAAAGGAAAAAAAGAAAAACAGAGAAAAGACAAAAAAGAAAGAAAGACCCAAAAAAAAGAAAAAAGAGAAGGGGGAAAAAAGGGAAAGAAAAAAGGACAAAGAAAAAACAGAAAAGACAAAAAAGCAAAGGAAGACAGAGAAAAACAAAGAAAGACAAAGAAAGCAGAGAAAAAAAAAGAAAGAAGGAGAAAGACAGGAAAAAAACAGAAAACAGGAAAGGGACAAAGAAAGACAAGAAAGAAAGAAAGAAGAGAAAGCAAAGAAAGAAGAGAAAAAACAGGAAAAACAAGAAAAAAACAGGGAGAAACAAAAAAAGGAAAAACAGGAAAGACAAAAACAAAGGAAAAGAAAAAGAAAAGAAAACAAGAAAAAAAAAAAGAAGAAAAAGACAAAGAAAAAAAAGAAAAGGCGGGGAAAAAAAAAGAAAAAAAAGAGAAAAGCGGAAAAAAAGAGACACGAAAACACUGACGUCUCAGGAAGAGAUGAUGAAUUACUCAUAAGCUGCAAAAAGCCCGAGCAGGUAACUGGGCGUGAGACAGGCCGCUCCAGGAGACGUCUGAAUGCAAAACUCAAAUUCACAUUCACAGAGGACACGGAGGACACGGAGGACACGGAGGACACAGAGGACACGGAGGACACGGAGGACACGGAGGACACGGAGGACACCGGGGGCAAAGAGGAUACCGAGGACACAGAGGACACAGAGGACACAGAGGACACGGAGGACACCGGGGGCAAAGAGGACACGGAGGACACAGAGGACACCAAGGACACGGAGGACAACAGAGCCAAUCACUGA